UGAGCCACCCUACUUAAACGUCAACUUCAUUUCCGCCUGACACAUUCACAUUCUUUUUCCGGCGAGAUCCUCAGGUGGACGAGUCGUAGUUUUUAUAAUUUUAGCCGUAAAAUUUUCUCCAUCUUCCCGCAAUGAAAAUCUGGAAGGAUAUCUUUACCGGUGACGAGAUGUUCUCGGACACCUACAAGAUAAAGCUGGUGGAUGAGGUCAUGUACGAGGUGACCGGAAAGUUCGAGUCCCGAACCCUCGGUGAUGUCCAGCUGGACGGUGCUAACCCGUCCGCGGAGGAGGCCGAUGAGGGCACCGACGCCGCCACCGAGUCCGGCGUGGACAUUGUGCUGAACCACCGGCUGUGCGAGACCGGAUUCGCCGACAAGAAACAGUUCACCACCUACCUGAAGGACUACAUGAAGAAGCUGGUCACCAAGCUCGAAGAGAAGGACCCCAGCCAGGUCGAGGUGUUCAAGACCAACAUCAACAAGGUGAUGAAGGAUCUGCUGACGCGCUUCAAGGACCUGCAGUUCUUCACCGGCGAGUCCAUGGACUGUGAGGGUCUGAUCGCGAUGCUCGAGUACCGCGACAUUGACGGCGUCAGCACGCCCAUCCUGCUCUGCUUCAAGCACGGUCUCGAGGAGGAGAAGUUCUAAGGACUCACAACAACAACCCCAACCACAACCAUGCUCUUACUAUUUUUUUUUCUUUCCAAAUCUUUUCUGCGACUAGUUUCUUUUUUGUUGUGUUUCGUUCACACGAUGUGCAUCAGGAUCGCGAAGUGACAGACACGGAACGUUUUCCAACACAAUUCCUACGAGCCUUAUCUCUUAACAAAAUAUUUUUUUAUAUUUAUUUACGGCAAAUCUAGACGAAACUUUUUU